AGCAUAACCACACACAGGACAAAGUCACAAUGAAGAUUGCCGUGAUUGGUCAGAGCCUGUUUGGCCAGGAGGUCUACAAGGCACUGAAGAACGAUGGCCACACCCUGGUUGGAGUGUUCACUAUCCCUGACAAGGAUGGCAAGGCUGACCCGCUGGCCACCGAGGCAGAAAAGGACGGAGUUGCUGUUUUUAAGUUCCCCCGCUGGCGUGUGAAGGGUCAGGUCAUUCCAGAGGUUGUUGACCAGUACAAGGCCACAGGAGCUGAGCUCAAUGUCCUCGCAUUUUGCUCCCAGUAUAUCCCCAUGGAGGUCAUUGACCACCCCAAACAUGGCUCCAUUAUCUACCACCCCUCUAUUUUGCCUCGACACAGGGGUGCUUCUGCCAUCAACUGGACCUUGAUUCAUGGUGACAAAAAGGGUGGCUUCACUGUGUUCUGGGCUGAUGAUGGACUCGACACUGGACCAAUUCUGCUACAGAGGGAGUGUGAUGUUGAACCCAAUGACACUGUCAACACCAUUUACAAGAGAUUCCUCUUUCCAGAAGGAAUCAAAGGCACAGUGGAGGCAGUGAGACUUAUUGCAGAGGGAAAAGCUCCAAGGAUCAUACAGCCACAAGAGGGAGCCACAUAUGAGUGCAUCCAGAAAAAAGAAAAUGCCAAGAUUGAUUGGAACCAGAGUGCUGAGGCUCUUCACAACUGGAUCAGAGGAAAUGACAAAGUGCCUGGUGCCUGGACAGAGAUCGAUGGACAGAAAGUCACCUUCUUCGGUUCCUCCCUGCUGGAUUCAGGUGUUACAGGCAAGGGUCAGCCGCUGGAGAUCCCAGGGGCCAGUCAACCUGGCAUCGUCACAAAGUCUGGGCUGGUGCUGUUUGGCAAUGACAGCAAGACACUACUGGUAAAAAAUAUGCAAUUUGAGGAUGGGAAGAUGAUUGCUGCUGGACAGUACUUCAGCUCAGGAAGUAGUGCUACUGUGGAACUGACUGAAGAGGAGAAGACCUUUGCUGCACAUAUGAAGACAGUGUGGCAUGGUAUUCUUACUAAUUUGGAUAGUAUUGGGGACUCCACUGAUUUCUUUAAGUCUGGUGCUUCUUCAAUGGAUGUGGUCAGGCUGGUGGAGGAGGUGAAGGGCCGGGUCAGUACCUGCCAGCUGCAAAACGAGGACAUCUACAUGAACACCACCUUCCACGAUUUCAUCCAGAUGUGUGUCAGAAAGCUCAGAGGGGAGGAUGGGGAGGAGGAGCUGAUAGUGGACUAUGUGGAGAAGGAAGUCAACAACAUGACGAUAAAAAUGCCUCAUCAGCUUUUCAUCAAUGGGGAGUUUGUUAAUUCAGAGGGAGAAAAGACUUACCAGACCAUUAACCCGACUGAUGGCACGGCCAUCUGUGAAGUUUCUUUGGCCCAGGUUAGUGAUGUUGACAAGGCAGUGGCUGCAGCCAAAGAGGCCUUUGAAGAAGGAGAGUGGGGCAAAAUGAAUCCAAGAGACAGAGGGAGACUUAUGUACAAUCUUGCUGAAUUGAUGGAGCAGCACCAGGAGGAGCUCGCUACCAUUGAAGCCAUUGACUCUGGUGCUGUUUACACACUGGCUCUCAAGACCCACGUGGGCAUGUCCAUUCAGACCUUCCGCUACUUUGCUGGCUGGUGUGACAAGAUCCAAGGGAGUACCAUUCCUAUCAACCAGGCCAGGCCUAAUCGUAACCUUACUUUCACCAAGAAAGAGCCAAUUGGUGUGUGUGCCAUCGUGAUACCAUGGAACUACCCACUGAUGAUGCUGGCCUGGAAGACUGCAGCCUGUUUGGCAGCAGGAAACACAGUGGUCCUUAAGCCAGCUCAGGUGACGCCACUGACAUCUCUUAAGUUUGCUGAGUUGGCAGCAAGAGCUGGAAUCCCCAAGGGUGUCAUUAAUAUUUUGCCUGGAUCAGGAACUGUCGUGGGUCAGCGUCUGUCUGACCACCCUGAUGUCCGCAAAUUGGGCUUUACAGGUUCCACUGAGAUUGGUAAACAUAUAAUGAAGAGCUGUGCAGUGAGUAAUGUGAAGAAAGUCUCUCUGGAACUGGGAGGAAAAUCCCCCUUAAUCAUCUUCAGUGACUGUGACUUGGAUAAGGCUGUCCGUAUGGGCAUGAGCUCAGUGUUCUUCAAUAAGGGAGAAAACUGUAUCGCAGCCGGAAGACUGUUUGUUGAAGACACCAUUCAUGACCAGUUUGUAGGGGAGGUGAAAAAGAUGAAGGUCGGUGACCCCUUUGACCGCUCCACUGACCAUGGACCACAGAACCACAGAGCACACAUGAAUAAACUGGUGGAGUACUGUCAAAAAGGUAUCAAGGAGGGAGCCACCCUGAUCUGUGGAGGCAAACAAGUGGAGCGCCCAGGUUUCUUCUUUGAACCGACAGUGUUCACCGACGUGCAGGAUCACAUGUAUAUCGCUAAGGAGGAGUCCUUUGGUCCUGUAAUGAUCAUUUCCAAGUUCAAGAGCAAUGGAGUGGACGAUGUCCUGAGACGAGCCAAUGCUACAGAGUAUGGCCUGGCGUCAGGAGUUUUUACGCAGGACAUCAGCAAAGCUCUUUACGUCAGUGAACGGCUCAAUGCUGGCACCGUGUUUGUCAACACCUACAACAAGACUGAUGUGGCGUCACCUUUUGGAGGCUUUAAACAGUCUGGAUUUGGCAAAGACCUGGGACAAGAGGCUCUGAAUGAAUAUCUUAAGACAAAGGCAGUGACAAUAGAGUACUAAGAAGACGUUACGUUCCUCAGUACAGUGAUUUAUGUGGGGGCGUUGACACAGAGGAUUUCUUGAGGAGACCUUGUCAUGUGUGCAGUGAUGGACUAAUGAUUUGUGUAAUACUUCAAGUCAUGUUCCCUCAACUGACAUAUUGGUUCAAAUAACUUGUUUACCAUGUCAAACUACUGUAGUACUCACUCAAGAGCUGCUGUAAAAUGGGUAAUAUAUGUUGUUGUGUGUAAAAUGGCAAAAACACACUGAACUGAAACACACUGGGUGAGUGUUUUUUUAGAAAUGUAACAUUUCUAAUAAAACUAGCUUUUUAAUGAAAA